AUGGGGUCUGGCACUGAUGGGUACUUGGACAAUUUGAAUCUUCUGUUGUUUAAUGACUUCACGAAAGGACCUCUAUAUUAUAUCAAUGUUAAAGCACGGAAUGGAGCAGGAGAAUUUUCCAAAAAUAUAACAUCGAAGCCUAUUAAGAUAAUCGAAGCUGAUGCCGCUGGAAUAAUCUCAGAUGGCGUUAGAGGUAUUCCAGAUGUGAACAAACAGCGAGACAAGGCAACAGUCACAGCCCACUUUGAAGGAUUCAGGAGUGGAUUUGGAUACACUACAUUCGAGUGGGCCGUCGGCACUGGUCAGGGGUUGGAUGACAUUCGCCCAUUUUCCACAAAAGGAAUUAUAAUAGAUGGUGAUAAUGAAACUGAUGUUGGUAUAAAGACAAACUACUCGGGAACAGUACACGCCCCAGUGCAUCUUGUACAUACAUAUUCAUAUCACGUGACAGUCAGGGGAAGAACGGGCAAGAGCAACACUCUGGAAGGUGUGUCUAACGGAUUCAUCGUUGAUCUUACACCACCACAGGUAUCAUUGGCAGACAUCGGAGUUGAUCUUAAUGUCAAUAACACACUUAUAACAAAUCCUAUAUCGCUGUAUCAGCCAUCUGUAGACUCUAUCACCGCCGAUUGGAAUAUUUCUGACCCCGAGAGUAACAUCGCAUGGUCCAGUUACUGCUAUGGUACGAUACCAGGCCGAUGUGAGGUUCACAAUAUGACACUAGCUGGCGGGGCAUCUGGGGUGCAGGCAGGACAAGUACGACCAGCCACGGGUGGGAAACCCAACUUCUUGUUGAUUCUAUCAGAGAACCAGGUCGGACUUGAAAAGCGACUUCACAGUCCUCCGUUAAUAGCCGACAACAGCGCACCAACAGAAGGACUGAUACAAUGUACGCAAUAUCUCAAGGAGAACGAAGACAUCGUGUGUAGCUGGACAGGGUUCGUGGAUGCAGAAAGUGGCGUGGACAACUUUGCUUCAGGGCUUGGAGAACGGGAAGGCGAAGAUAAUAUACAUGAAUUUGUAAUCCUUCCACCGUAUACGCAAACCAUCGUGUUUAGAGAAUACCGAAAUUUGAAUCUACCUGCGGGUCAAUAUUUCAUGACUUUGAAAACAACAAAUGCUGCUGGUUUGACACUUGAGUCAUACUCCUUACCAAUUUUUGUGGAUGGAACGCCACCAGUGCCUGGCAGGGUUGUUGAAUUAAAUGACGUUAUACAAGUUAAUACAUCGACAUCUUCAAAUGCAAGCUGGUCACAUAGAGGGUGUUCUUCUGAAGAUGAUUGUAAAAAUGCUGAUUCAAAAUGUCAAACCUCCAUGACGAAUCUCCACGCUAGUUGGAUGCAUUUUACAGAUGAUGAAUCACUAAUUGUGAAGUAUGAGGUUGCUGUUGGGAACACUUCAGGUGGUUCUGAACUUAAACCAUUUUUCGAUGUUCCACCAGACAUCAAUGUUGUCAACAUAGACCAUCUUGAUUUGACCCAACAAAAACAGGUGUUUGUUAUCGUACGAGCAACCAACGCAGCAGGACUCCAAUCUACUUCAAUAUCAAACGGUGUCUUCAUCAGUCGUAUUUCUGCGGGACUUUCACCAUUGGGUUCAUUUACUGUUUUUGAUGGUGAUUCACCUGGAAAAGACAUGGACUACCAAAAGGACAGAGAGCAGUUAACUGCCACUUGGAACUUCAGUGGCGACCCAUGCCCGAUGGAGAGUUACACUUGGAGUAUAAAAAGACUUGAUAGCACUGUUUUCAUGAAACCAGAACAGCUACCUGAAGGUCAACUAUUCGGAACAUAUGAUGGGUUGAACUUGCAAGACGGGGACGAAUUCUAUGUCAUUGUACAGGGGGUGAAUUCCCUCGGAUAUGUACACACUGAACGUUCUGAUGGUAUAACUGUAAGACAAGAACCACUAAUGCCGGGUAUUGUACGAGAUGGGCCUGUUUUCGGAGUUGAUUUCAAUGUGCAACCUUCCAUAACAGAGCUAUGGGGAAACUGGGAUGCAUUUGGAAAAACAAAAGAGGAAAAUCCAGAUUUGAUUGAUGGUGGUAACCCUGAUAUUGAUCCCAGGAUCGGAGGCCAUCAAGAAAUAAUUUACUACGAAGUUGCAGUUGGAAAUGACCGUCGCUAUCCCAACACGAGAACAAACAUUCAUCCAUUUGUUCGGGUAGAUUUAAAUCAAUCUUACCACUUUACCGAUCUAGAAUUGUUACCAGGAAUAGGACACUAUUAUAUUACUGUGAGAGCAUUUGGUAGUUCUAGUGCCUCACGUACCCAGACAUCAAAUGGCAUACGAGUUGGUGUUGGGGGAACAGUUGUAAGACAAGGACAAAUGCAACUCGCAGACUGUAUUCCAUCAACCAACGACAUAUCAUUUUCCUGGCAAGAUUUUGAGUUUGGUUUACCUAUUAUGUUUUACCAAUGGGGUAUUUCUUCCAAUCUGUCUGCUGUGAAGGACUUGAGCUGCAAACAAUUGCAAUUAUUUGAACAUAAGGUUGCCGAAAAUUCUAAAUACCUCGAAGCAUUCGAUAUUCAGCCAAUGACAAACGUUUUGAAAGCUACCCUUGUAGAACAAGACGACCUAAAAAUGCAACAUGGGAAUGUGUACCUGGUUGUUGUCAUAGCAACCGAUGAAUCUGCAAUAUGCUCAAUGGUUACCAAGGAAAUAUUAGUUGAUACAACGCCUCCCAUUUCUGGAAUUGUAACAGUUGGUCCUAAAAAUGACCUGGGCGUCAUGUUUGCUGAUCAAACUGACAGACUGACAGUAUCUUGGCAAAAUUACACAGAUCCCGAUUCUAAUAUAGAAAACUAUAGAGUGACCUUGUUUCAAGGGAAACUAUGUGUAGAAGGGGAUAUGAGGACCCCAUCAAUUGCUAUAACAGAAGCUGUUGUUUUAGAACCCGAGGAAACAUCAUAUACAUUCUACCAGUUGUAUCUUAAGAACGAUAGAACUUACUUCAUACAAAUGGAGGCAAGCAAUUGCGCAGGUCUCAUAGCUACCAGCUAUACUGUGCCAAUCUUGUUGGACCAACAUCCACCACUACCAGGUGUAGUUAAAGAUGGUAUUGACUACAGUACAGAUGUGGAAUUCCAAACGUCUACAGCAUAUAUAAAUGCUUCAUUUUUGCAUCAGUUAAAACCAUCGGGAGAUGCUGAUAUAUGUCCUGAGAACAUCGUGGACCUAACAAUGGCAACCUGGAACCCAAUCAACCACGUUGGUAUAUGGGGAGUGGAGGGAAAUGUAAAACACGAGAAACAUCUAUCUAGUAGUGAGGGUGGUUUUCUUGAAUUAAAUAUGAUCCCCGAUGUGAAGACAAAACGUAUGUUAGCUGGAGCUGUGGAAAUGACAAUAGAUGGCACCUCUGGGAAAUAUAAAUUUGAAAUGAAAGCAGCUAUGUCAGACUUAUAUGGGGUGACUAGUGUGGUGCUGAGGGAGGGCCCUCCUGGUGUUUUUGUUGAUUAUGACAUCAAUAUAACAGAACAUUUAUUAU